AUGAGAUGUGGUAUGUUACAAAACGUAUCCACAUGUGAAUGUGAUAGUGUGAAUAAUAUUAAAUGUGUGUUAAAGAGACAGGAUAUAUUCUCCGACAUGAUAAAAGAUAGCAGGAAAAACCUUAGAGGAAAUCACGAAAUAGUAAAGAUUUAUAUGGGGAGAGGCGGUAAUGCAAUCGAUCAAAGAUCUGAAAGGGUAAUGGAAAGACAAAGAAUGCCAGAUCCUGAAAUGAAGAGAAUAAAUUUAAAACAACAGAGUUACGAUGUCAGUACCGAAGAUGUCAAUCCAGGGUUGAAAGAAGAUGCGGAAUCUAUUUUAAGCAUUGUUGCAAAGCUUGUCGUAGCGCUUUUGUGUGGUGUUGUUUUCGGAUUCGCUGCUGAAAAAUCACGAGUAUUUGAACCAAUGUCUAUAAGAGAACAGAUGGUAUUUGAAAAAUGGAUCAUGUUAAAAAUGUUUCUAGCAGCUGUUGCUACAGGACAAGUUUGUUUGAAUUUACUGUCAGUUUGUAGUCGAACAAGUGAAAAAUUUAAAAAAGCCAGUGAACAAUUCUUCAAAACUGUUUCUGAGAAAGGAUUGCUGACGUCAACGCUUGGUCCUUUCAUACUCGGUAUCGGAAUGACAUUGUCUGGAUCGUGUCCAGGAAUGGUACUGACUCAGGUUGGAGCUUGGUGUCCAAAUGCAAUAUUUACAUUGAUGGGUGCUCUUUUAGCUGCUUUAAUAUAUGGCAUGGUAGCCCAGCAUAUUCAAAACUUUACACAACCAAAAGUGUCGUAUCAGUCACUCCAAGUCCAUCAUACCCUCAAGAGGCCUUACAUAUUAUUUGCUCUACCUCUAGCAGGAUUCCUUACAGUGGUCGUGGUUUUACUAGAAGUUUAUAUACCUUUCACCCAGGAUUUAGAAAAACCAGAACUUCAAAAAUCCAAUAUAUUUGAAACAAGAGCCUGGCCACCAUUUGUAGGCGGUUGUUUGAUUGGUUUAUUGCAACUUCCGGUUGUUUUAGUAUUAGGUGAUACGAUUGGUGGAAGUAGUAGUUACGUAACACUUGUUUCACAAUGGGUUAGAACUCCUUAUUUGAAGGACAAAUUCCCAUAUUUAGCUGAGCGACAAAGUGGAAUGGACAAUUGGUGGCAGGUUAUCUACGUUAUUGGUGCCGUUGUAGGAGGUCUUGUUUCUUCUAUGUCAUCAAACUCUUUCAAUGAUGUUCAAGGUGUGGGUGUGUUCGAGGCUCUAGUUGGUGGAUUCCUGAUUGUCUUUGGGGCUAGAUUUGCGUCUGGUUGUACAAGUGGACAUGGAUUAUCUGGUGUUGGAAUGUUGUUUUGGUUAUCAUUAAUAGCUGUACCAUUUAUGUUUGGUGGGGCUAUAUCUACUGCUUAUAUAAUGAGAGCUGUGAACGGGGCCUUGGAUCGUUAUGUUAAUUCUACAUUAGAACUAUAA